GGGUAGGUCAUAAAUUUCUUUGGAAGCUGAAGGAGGGUGGUUGUCGGAUUAUUUGAGUGUUGCCCGGGUCUGGGCCUGGGCCUAAUGGCUCGGGCCUGGAGAGUUACUCAAUGCCCGUCAAUCGUGUGCAGCAACUUUUGGUGAUUGUGGAGUGACCAAGCAGUCCAUAGUGGGAAGUGGGCAGAGACUGCUGACUGGAAUAAGUGGUGCCUCAAGGAAGGGUUGUGUGAGCACUACAGAAGAAGCAUCUUUCAAAAUAGCUUUUUGAGGCAAGAAAGAACAUCUCAACCUCCUGUCAGACAUAGCAUUUGUUCAUUACCAUGGCUGAAGGUUCAAAUGAGAAUCAAGAUCCGGGAUCUGCAGUGGAUACAGCUCUGAGGUGUACGUUCAAGGAAGUCUUGGAAAAUUGCAAUGACUACAGCCUCUUCAGAUUGACACAAUUCUACCGGGACAGAUUAGAACCGGCAAUUGAAAAGGAAGUGAAAUCAAUCAGCUUGCUACUUAAAGAGCAGCAGCAUUUCAGUGCACAAGAACAUGGGCUACUGGUGGAGCACAACAAUCAGACCCACAGUUCCAAACUACUUCUAACUCUCGUGAUGGAGAAAGGUUCUGCUGCACGAAGGGUAAUGUGGGAGGCAUUUCUGAAAACAACUGGAUUACCAAAAUUGGAGACAAUUCUGAAAGAAAUACAAGAAUUUGGUACGAAUCCUGAUGAUUAUUUGAAAAACUUCCGGGGCUUUGCUGGGGUUCCCAGUGAACUAAAAGAUGUUCAGAAGCAACACAUGGAAAAACUCCGGAAACAAACAGAACAGCUGAGAAUGAACCCAAUUCAAGGCAAAGAGGGGCCUAAAGUUUGCCAGCUGGUUGACCGAUAUGCUGAGCUUACGGUCAUUCCAUGCAUUCGAGAUUGGAAACUUGUAGAACAUGAACUGUUGGCAAAAGGUCAGGAGCAUGAAGAGUGGAGAGAGAGACAGCUCCAGGAUAAUCUGGAUAUAAUAGGGAUGGAUAAAUUGUUCUGUAGCAGUUAUAGCAGGAGUAAAUACAAUACUGGGAGUUCAUCUGCAGUGAGUGGAAUUCCAGGAAUUGGAAAAACAACAAUGGUGCAAAAGAUCAUUUAUGACUGGUCCACUGAGAAAAUCUACCCGAAAUUCAAAUUCAUAUUCAGUUUUAAAUUUCGGGAGUUGAAUGAUAUUAAUUGUAGAAUAACCCUACGUGAAUUGAUUUUGAUUCAGUAUCCUUACCUCAAGAACGUGCUCAGUGAAAUUUGGAAAAUUCCAGAGCAAAUAUUAUUUCUAUUUGACGGCUUGGAUGAAUACAAGUUCAAAAUUGAUUUUGCAGACAGUCGGAGAGACACAGAUCCCAAGUAUAUGUGCAAAGAUCCUGAGUGGUGGUGUGAAGUGGCUGACAUUGUGUAUGCGUUAAUACAACGUAAGCUGCUCCCAGGGUGUUCAGUGCUGCUAACCAGUCGUCCCACUGCGUUGAAUUUACUGCAAAGUGCCAAGAUCGAUGUCUGGGCUGAAAUCCUUGGGUUUUCUCGUGAAGAACGAAAGGAAUAUUUCAACAGGUAUUUUGAAGAUCAGACAGUGGCAGCAGCCGUUUUCAAACACAUACAAGAGAACCAGAUCCUGUACACAAUGAGCUUUAAUCCUUCUUACUGCUGGAUCCUUGGUCAAACCCUAGGCCCUAUCUUCAUAAAAAGAGGCAAUGAUCUGCAGCAGAUUCCCAAGACCAUUACUGAAUUGUAUUCCUACCAUAUUUACAACAUCCUGAAAAACCACAGUAACAACCUCGAGAAGCCACGUGAUGUAUUGCUGAGGAUCGGUAAAAUGGCCUUUACAGGAGUCUCUGAGAAGAGCAUCAUGUUUCGGAAUGAAGAUCUGGUUAAGUAUGAUCUGCAACCAUCCCAGGUCCUUUCUGGAUUUGUGAUUGAACUUUUGGAGAGAGAUGAUUCUGUUCAGAAUGUGGUAUACGCAUUCACACAUCUCACUGUCCAAGAGUUUGUAGCCGCACUAGCACAAUUCUUAACUGCAGAUUGUGGGGACUUCAAGAAGCUCUGUAAGGAAGCCCACCAGCAGGAAGAUGGACGAUACGAGUUAUUUCUCAGAUUUGUUGUAGGUCUAUCUUCAAAGUCCUAUCAGCCCCUGAAAGAGUUUCUGGGACAAUUUCCUCAUGAAAUAACCUGCGAAGUGAUUGAUUGGAUAAAGAUGGAAAUCGAAAAGCGGUUUAAAACCACAGGGAGCAGAGCUGAUAAACGGAAUCUCCUGAAUAUGUUCUACUAUCUCUUUGAGUCCCAGAAUGUACCACUAGCCAAGUCCACAGUGGGCUCGGUGAAAACACUAAAGUUUAGCGGUUUGCAAAUGAAUCCGAUUGACUGCGCUGUCCUAUCCAAUGUGAUUGGCUUCUGUGAUACAAUAAAAGACCUUGAUCUGCAGAACUGCGCCAUCCAGUGUGAUGGACUCCAGUGGCUGAAACCAGGAUUGCACAAGUGUGUGGUGUUAAGGUUAUGGAACAAUAAACUAGGAGAUUCAGGAGUGAAAUUACUGUCUGUUGUACUAAAGGAUCGUCAAUGUAAAAUAAAGGAACUGCAACUAGGUGCUAAUGAUCUCACAGCUUCCUGUAUUGAGGAUCUUGCCGCUGCUCUCAGUGAAAAUCGGUCACUGUUGGUGCUGGAACUGAGUAAUAACAAACUGGGAAAUUCCGGGAUCAAAUAUUUGUCUGUGGCUUUGAAGAAUCCAGGCUGUAAAAUAAAGAAACUGAGCCUGAAAGCCAAUGGUCUCACUGCUGCUUGUGUUGAGGAUCUUUUCUCGGCUCUCAGUAUAAAUCAGUCACUGACAACUGUGUCUCUGGGAAGUAAUAAGUUGGGUGACACAGGAGUGCAACAACUGCCCAAGUGUCUGCGAAACAUCAAGGAAUUGGAGCUGGAUGAUAACAAUCUCUCAGCUUGCUGCACGGAGGAUCUUGCUUCCACUGUCAGUACAUACCAGUCACUACGAGCGCUGAAUCUGAGCAACAAUAAUUUGGGAGAUUCUGGAAUGGAAAGACUGUCUGCUGCACUUACGAAAGUGAACCAAAAUCUGGAGGAACUGCGACUUUGGACUGUUGGGCUCACUGUGUCUUGUGCCCCUGAUCUCACUUCCAUGCUCAGAAAAAGCUGCUCACUGACUGUUCUGGACCUUGGUGGUAAUGAACUGGGAGACAAGGGCAUGGAAUUGUUGUGUGAGGGGCUGAUGAACUGGGACUCUAAAUUACAAAAGCUGAAGUUCUGGAAGAAUAAUCUCACUGAUUUAUGCACAAAACAUCUUGUCCGUGCUCUCUAUGCAGUCCAAUUGCUGCAGAAAUUGGACCUUAAGUCUAACUCAUUUACUGAUGAGUCUGUUGAGCCAUUCCGCACCCUCAUAAUGAAGUGUAGAAAUCUGAACAUGAUAGAUCUGGAUGGAAACAAUUUCAGUUCACGGGGCCAGGAACAGCUGCUGUCACUGCGAAAAUACAGAUACGGAAUGAAAGUCAUUGUGUGAACAGUUCAAUUACAUACAUCAGAGGUGCUUCUGUGAGCUUUAUAUCACCCUGCAUACUGUCCUGAACUUUUUGGGGUUCUUGAGGAUGGUGCAGUGGGUCAAUUGCCCAUCAUUUGUAGGUUAACAUAUGAGAAGUAUUUGGCUCUGAUCUGUACUCUCUCGAGUUUAGAAGAAUGAGGAGGAGCUCAUUGAAACCUAUUGAAUAUAGGUGGAUGUGGAGAGGAUAUUUCUAUAAUGAAUGAGUUUAGGACCAUCGAACACAACAACCUCAGAAUCGAGGCAAGUCCAUUAGGAACACGAGGAAUUUCUUUUGCCAGAUGGUGGGGCAUCUGUGGAAUUCAUUGCCUCCGAAGGCUGUGCGUGCCAAGUCAUUACAUAUAUUUAAGGUGAAGGUUGGUAAGUUCUUGAUUUGUCAGGGCAUCCAAGGUUAAGGGGAGAAGGCAGGAGAAUGGGGUUGAGAGGGAUAAUAAAACAACCAUGAGGAAAUGGCGGAGCAGACUCGAUGAACUGAAUGGCAUAAUUCUGCUCCCAUGUCUUACGAUCUUAACGAAACCUAAGUAUAGAGUGAAUCAGGGUAAAUUUUACUUGUGUAACUUCGUGAUCAAAUGGUUUCUUCAUGUACUAGUGAAUUUGUAUCACCUUUCCUUUCCCCAUUUUUAAGCACUGACUCUUCCCAAGCCAGCCUAUGAUUGGCAAUUCAGAGUUUUUAAAUGAUUCAUCUUACUGAGAAAUUCAGCUGGAUAUGGGCACCGAGUGGUCCACUCUAAUAACUAGAUUAGAGCUGAAAGUAUACGCAGUGCACAGGACCAAUGACAGCAUUUAACUGUCUGCAGAAUUAAGCAGAUUGAGAGCUUCAGCUAUAUUGUUAUGCUUUGUUACGUACCCCGUAACUGGGUUGCCAAACCAGCAGAAAUGGACCACUAGUUGGAAUCUGGAUUACUACGAACUAAUAAAGUUUUAUUAAAGAAGUAAGUAACACAGUACUCUAAUCGUAAGGAUAUAAAUGCAACAGGUUAGCAACAAUACACACAUGUACAGAGAACUAGGGUAAUAGGAAUCAACCAAGCUCUAUCACAGUCUCGGGAUAAAAUGAUCAGUCUUAAGUGACGCAGAGUUCAGUUCAGCUUAGUACAGUUCGCAGUAAUCGCUGUUGUGCCGUUGGAGGUGGGGGAUGCAAAUUUGAUUCAGGCAGACCUUUGAUGUUCUUCGCAGUUGGUUUCGGGUGGACUCUUUUAUGUCUUUGAUCCAGCUGUGGUCACCGACUGUGACCCCUCAGUUCCAGAUACGAUCGUUCUUCCGUGGUGAACCCGGCACCCUGGCAAGGGUGGGCACACACACCAGGUCCUCCAAACUCCCACCAACUUGUGGGGGCACACCGCUCUUCCAGGGUCUCGUUAUCUCAUGAUCUCGUGGUGUGUUGUGCCUCAGCGAACCUGUUUUUUAUCCCCCUGCUGGGGUAUCGCUUGUCCAUCAAACUUCAAACAGUUCAGGUUCAAAGCAACCGGUCUGUCAAUAUUCUGAACUCUGUUUCUUUUCUGUUAUCUCUCUCUCCUCUCUCAUUAACAUUUUGAACGUUUCUCCAUUGUCUCCCUUAUCUCUCUCAUUAGCAUCAAUCGUCUGAUAACUUGGUUUUGGCAUCACAUCCCUACCUUUCAAAGGAUUUUUACCGGGGUAAAAAUUAUGGGAAUGAAUACAUUAUUAGAUACACACUAAAAUACAGGGUCAUCAGCUAUUCGGCUAAUACAGAGAACUUUAAAAUUUCAACACCUUGACAGACAGUCAGCAAUCACAUUGUCCGUUCCUUUUAUAUGUUUUAUUUUAAUAUCAAAUUCCUGUAAGAUCAGGCUGCAGCUUAGCAACCUUUUGUUUUUAUCCUUCAUAGUGGCCAAAAACACUAAUGGGUUGUGAUCAGUAUAAAUUAUCAGUGGUUUCCGUGCCGGACAAAUAUAACAAAGGUCGUCCCACACAAACUUCGCAUUCUUUGGCAAGAGCUUAGUAAGAGGGAGGGUAAUAUCCGCAAAGUUUUUGCAAAACUUCCGAUAGUACCCCACCAUCCCCAAGAACCUUCUCAGGGCUCUCUUGUCUGUCAGGGUCAGGACUUCAGGAUAGCCCACACCUUAGCCUGUAUCGGUCCAGCUGCCCCUGUUCCACCACAAAUCCCAGAUAAGUGACCUUCGCGUGGCCGAAUUCACUUUCUGCGAGGUUCACUGUUAGGUUGGCUUCUGACAGCCUCUUAAACAGCUCCUCUACUGCCCCAGUGUGCUCCUCUCACGUGUCACUCCAGACCACUAAAUCGCCAAUAUACGCUUCUGUGUUCUUUAGCUCUUUUGUCACUGAAUUAAUCAUCCUAAAGGGAUGUUGCUUACUAGGCUGACCUGAUGUGACAACACCACCAUGUACCAUCUCUUUGCAUUGCCCCGGGACAUCUGAACAUAUGUCUGUGUGCCGGUUAAUUAGCUUUCUCAGCGGCUCGCUCUGUUCGGGGGUUAAGGGAGAGACCUUAUCAGCAAAGCUGGCCAAAACAAUAGAGUUCUCCCAUCUGGUCGGCACCAUGCUUAUCUUUUCAAAAUGGGUUUUCCCCUUAUCAGGUGGCACCCUAGCCUCAUUAAUUUUCGUGAUAACACCGCCUAGGCCUGCUCACUUAUCAUGGCAAGCUGUUAGCAUAUCAAUAGACUGUAACUGUGUCGGCUCACGUCUACAAUACUCAAUAAUAUCCUCCCUCAUGCUCGGCCAGUAACUCUUUCAUAAUUCUAUCGACUGUCUUCCUCAUCCCAAAAUGUCCACCGAGGGGUAUCUUGUGGGCCAGGUUAAAAAUCUCGUUCCUAUAAAUUUUCGGCAUUACCACCUGGUGCACCACCUCCUAUUCCUCAUCUACGGGCACGGUACUUGGUCUCCAUUCCCUCAUUAGUACUCCCUCCUUCACAUAAUAGCCCACUGGCUCCCUUUUUAAUUCUGCUUCGGAGAGAGCUGUCUCCGUCAAAACCAUCAUCUCCGCAUCUCGUUCCUGUGCCUGUAUAAAUUCCUUCCUUGCUAAUGAUAAGUCUACCUCAACUCCCUCACUUCUUUCUGCUUCACUACGCUCCUUCUAACUUUCUAACCCCUCCUGGUACAAGGCUGGUAAAAACGUCUCAGCUUCGUACAUUCGCUUCGGCAGCCUUUCUGGACAUGCACCGAGUCACUGCGCAAACGGGAUAAACCUGUGAGUCCAUGGGCGGGUCUUCAAUCCUGGCAGGUUUGCUUGUCAGUUUUACUGCUGAGUACACAUUCCCGCCUGCAAGGUCAUUACCGAGUAAGACCUCCACGUCUUCCAUCUGUAAUUCGGGCCUCACCCCUAUCGUGACUGAUCCGGAGACCAAGUCACGUUUUAGGUGUAUCUGGUGCAAAGGUACUGCUUCAGUCCCUUUUCCAAUGCCUUUUAUCAUCCUGACCUCCCCAGUCUGGGUCUCUGAACUAAAGUCUAACACACUCUUUGAGAUCAAUGACUGACAAGCUUCAGUGUCUCUCCAGAUCCGUACCGGAACUGGGUUUGACCCCUCCUUCACCGACACCAAUCCGGCCGAAAUAAACUUCUCGCGCCCUUCCUGAACUUUAUCAGACCUUCUCUCCCCUAGCGGUUUGUUUGCCAGCUCAAUACAGCCAGUGAGAAUCGUCGUUUUCCUUUCCCGUCUCGUUCUUUGGGGCAAAGCACCUGGACGCAAAGUGACCGGCUUUCCCACAAUUAUAGCAUACAACCCCAGGAGACUUCCUAUCAAACUGCUUCCUGUCUUCCUUAUCCUCCUCACUAGUCCCCGGCUUACUUUCUGGCUUUUCCAGCGGACUCUCUCCGCCCUCUCAACUACCCUUGUGGUAGCUUUUACUCGGGGUAAACUUCGCUUUGUGCGAUAACGUGUACUCAUCCGCUAACUUAGCAGUUGCGGCUAAAGUUUCUGCCUCUUUCUCAUCUAGAUAGGGCCUCAUACCUUCAGGGACACAACUUUUAAACUGCUCAAUCAGGAUGAGCUGUAGCAGUCUGUCAUAAUCCCCAUUGACCCCUUUCGAGGCGCACCAACGCUCACAAUACAUCUGCAUCUCAUGGGCAAACUCUAAAUACGUGUUGCCCCACUACUUCCUCAUAUUCUGGAACCUCUGCCGGUAUGCCUCCGGGACCAACUCAUAAGUCCUGAGUAUUGCCUCUUUCACCACAUCAUACCUCUGGGCAUCUUCUCCGGACAAUGUCGAGUAGGCUUGCUGAGCUUUCCUUUUAAGUACGCUCUGAAGCAAAACAGCCCACUUAUCCCUCGGCCAGUCCUGACUUGCGACUUUUUCAAAAUGUAGAAAGUACCGAUCCACAUCGGCCUCCUCAGAUGGGGGAACCAGCCUAACCUGGGUCGCCGUGAACCCUCCACCUUGGUUCGGCAUGGGGCUCUGCACUAGCAUCAUCCUUAACUUCUCCAGCUCAAAAUCCCUGUCCUUCUGCUUCUCUCUCUCUUCUCAUUCUGCCUGUCUCUCUCUUCUCGUUCUAGCUGUUUUACCCGGAACUCGUGCUCAAGUCUCAAUUUUUCCAUCUGCAGCUGUACUGCUUCUCCACCAGGUUUGCCCAUAGAUACCACCUCCUGCUCCCCUUGGGGAAACACACCUUUAGAUACAUAAUGCUCAGUGAUAGCUCUGUGCAUCUCCGCUCUCCUCAUUGUCGACUUCCCUUAAAAAGAUUCAACCGUUUGGCAACAGUUGCCAAUUCUGAUUUCCUGGCAUCCUGUGAUGCCUCCAAGUUUGGCCUUUAGAAAUUCCUCAAUCUCCAUUUCUGCUGUUUGCCCUUUCUUUCUUUUGGGAAUUUUAACCCAAUCAAUUUACCCGGUCCCAAAUUUGGCGUUCAAAAUCGCGGACGAGAUCCCCACUUAUGUUACGUACCCCGUAACUGGGUUGCCAAACCAGCAGAAAUGGACCACUAGUUGGAGUCUGGAUUACUACGAACUAAUAAAGUUUUAUUAAAGAAAUAAGUAACACAGUACUCUAAUGGUAAGGAUAUAAAUGCAACAGGUUAGCAAUGAUAAUACACACAUGCACACAGAACUAGGGUAAUAGGAAUCAACCAAGCUCUAUCGCAGUCUAGGGGUAAAAUGAUCAGUCUUAAGUGACGCAGAGUUCAGUUCAGCUUAGUACAGUUCGCAGUAAUUGCUAUUGUGCUGUUGUGGGGGGGAUGCAAGUUUGAUUCAGGCAGACCUUUGAUGUUCUUCGCAGUUGGUUUCAGGCAGACCCUUUUAUGUCUUUUAUCCCGCUGUGGUCACCGACUGUGACCCCUCUGUUCUGGAUACGAUCGUUCUUCCGUGGUGAACCUGGCACCCAGGCAAGGGCGGACACACACACCAGGUUCCCACUGAUCGUACCUUUACACCCUGUGAGUCUAUGGUCGGUUCCCGCGAACCGGACCUCCAAACUCACACCAACUUGUGGGGGCACACUGCUCUUCCAGGGUCUCGUUAUCUUGUGAUGUCAUGGUGUAUUGUGCCUUAGUGAACCUGUUCUUUUUAUCCCCCUGCUGGGGUAUCGCCUGUCCAUCAAACUUCAAACAGUUCAGGUUCAAAGCAACCGGUCUGUCAAUAUUCUGAAUUGUGUUUCUUUUCUGUUAUCUCUCUCUCCUCUCUCAUUAACAUUUUGAACGUUUCUCCAUUGUCUCCCUUAUCUCUGUCGUUAGCAUCAAUCGUCUGAUAACUUGGUUUUGGCGUCACAGCUUUCAGAAAAUUAACAAGUUGUACAUAAUGAUCUGUAACUCUAAGAUGAGCAUGAAUCCUGCUGGAAUGAGCUGCAGAAUUGUUAUUUUUCUUGUAGUUUUACUUUCAUGCUUGGCAUUUUUAUAUAAUCACCAAUAUACAUGUGAUAGUUCAGUGACUCUGUAAUUCAGCUAUUUAAUUGGUUAACUGUAAUCUGCUGGAAUUUCAAUCAAAUUUACUGUUAUUAGUGGUGUGGUAUAAGAAGACCAGACCACCUUUGUUCACUCUGUUUUCCUGGUACUCUUUCCCUCUGUCUCUCGCCACAUUUCUCCCUUCAUGUUCUUUGCUCCUGCAACACCGAAUAAAAUUAUUGUAAGCAGUCA